AUGGACCUUUAUUAUUUGCUUCCCUGUAGAAUUUCGUAUGAUCCCACAAGGUAUCCAAAAUACAUUCCUGAGGCGUACUGCCUGUGCAAAGGCUGCCUGGUGGGGGCCUUUGGGGAGGAGAGCUUUCGCUUCCGCAGCACCCCCGUGUACAUGCCGACCGUCGUCCUCCGGCGCACGCCCUCCUGCGCUGGCGGCCGCUACCUCUACACGGAGCACUACGUCACUGUCCCCGUGGGCUGCACCUGUGUGCCCGAGCCAGAAAAAGAGGCAGAAAGCGUCAAUUCCAGCAUAGAUAAGCAGGAAAUGAAGUUGCUGGUCAGCCAGGACAAGCCGUCGUCAGAAUGA